UUUUUUUCUUUAACGAGAAACGGGCGAAAACGGACACACCAAAACCUUAUUACAAUUUAAUAUUUCCAUCUGUAUCCCCACUCUGGGGCAACUUCGUCCUCUCCAAAUAUUCCUUCAGCACUGAGUCAUAACUCGUUCGAUAUGGUUUCCGAAUCGGAACUCAUCGGCCGCCUCCGCGAGUUCCUCCGUAGCUCCGACCUCAACACCACCACAACCUCCACCGUCCGCCGCCAGUUAGAGUCGGAUUUUGGAAUUGAUUUGUCUGAUAGAAAGGCAUUCAUCAGAGAACAGGUAGACUUGUUUCUUCAAAGCGUACAACAACAACAAGAUGCUCAAGAAGAACCACAAAACGACGACGUAGAAGAACAAGUAGAAGAAGAUGCGAUUAAACCAGAACAAAGCCAAGGUUCUGGUUCAAAGGAAGAUACAGAAGAAGAAGAAGAAGAUGAUGAUGAUGAAGAUGGUAAUGAAGAGGAAGAGGAGAAAAAAGAAAGACCAAAGCGUUCCAAUAGUGUGAAGAAGAAGAAGAAGAAUAAAGAACGAUCAAACAAGUUGGGUAAUGAGGUAGUAAAGAAAAAAGGCGGUGGCGGUUUUUGCAAAUUAUGUAGCCUGUCUCCACAACUUCAGGAAUUCGUUGGAGCACCAGAGAUGGCCCGAACCGAGGUUGUUAAGCAAUUAUGGGCCUAUAUUAGGGAGAAAAAUUUGCAAGACCCAACCAAUAGGCGAAAUAUCGUUUGUGAUGAACCACUGCGGGCCCUUUUUGGUGUCAAUACCAUCAAUAUGUUCCAAAUGAAUAAAGUAUUGACGAAGCAUAUCUGGCCACUGGAUUCAGAUGAUGUUGUCCCAGUGAAGAAGUCGGCACCAAAGGAGAAGCAGAAGAAGCAAGAGAGAGAAGAUGAUUCAGAUGAGCCGCAAAGAAAAGAAAAACGGCAGAAAGGAGGAGGAAAAGGUUUUCUUGCUCCACUUCAGCUAUCUGAUGCCCUAGUGAAGUUCCUUGGUACUGGAGAAAGCGAAUUAUCAAGAUCUGAUGUGAUUAAAAGAAUGUGGGAUUAUAUAAAAGGAAACAACCUUCAGGAUCCUUCUGACAAGAGGAAUGUAUUAUGUGAUGAAAAAUUGAAAGAACUGUUUGAUAUUGACUCCUUCACUGGCUUCACUGUAUCAAAACUGCUGGCUCCUCAUUUCAUAAAGACAGAGCAGUGAGUCGUUUGCACAUUGUUAUGAGGUGGAACAUGGAAAAUUUGGCUAAUUUUGUUUAUUUGUCAAAUUGGUUUUGGAAAGCCUUCUAUAUGUAACUUUUCAGCAUGAUCUGCCAACAGAAAGAAUAGGAAUUAGUGUAAUGACAGAUUUUCAGUGAAUUUUUCUCAAAGAAUUUAACUUAUAUGACCAUUUAUCGUUUUUUAAUAUCAUGUUUUGCCAUUUGGCAGUGGAAAUUUUUGUA